CCUGGCUUUUCUUCUUUCCCCCUCCACACAAACCCCAAACCGAUCUCCCAAGGAAACCUCAACCCCGCCCCAUCACCCGAACCCUACAGCAGCAUGUCGGACACGGAAAGCAAGGACCACCCCGCUACCAGCGACCACGAGGAGGAAACUUCAGGCGCUGAUGAGGACCACGAGGACGCGGACCAAUCUCACGAUGAAGAGGCGGAAAACACACAAAGUCCGAAGGCGGGCGCAAAGAAAGAGAAGAAGGCUACCAAAGCAAAAUCCCCCAAGACCAAAGCCGCCGCUACUAGUGCCGAGAAGAAGAAGUCUACCUCCGCUACCGCCGCCGCACACCCGAAGUUCAAGGAAAUGGUCGGCACCGCAAUUGGCGAACUGCACGAAAGGGGCGGAUCUUCACGUCAGGCUAUCAAGAAGUACAUUCUUGCAAACUUCAAGAAGUUGAGCGAGCAACAUGAGCAUUUCAUCAAUAAGGCCAUCAAAUCCGGCGUCAAGAACGGCGAUUUCCUGCAACCUAAGGGUGCCUCAGGUCCGGUCAAGCUCAACCCAGAGCUCUUAGCCAAGGCGAAGAAGGAGGCGAAGGAUGCCAAAAAGGUCAAGUCCAGCUCCUCCGCCAAAUCCAAGACCGAUAAGACUAAGAAAAAGUCGAGCUCCACCCCUUCGUCCUCGGCUACCACCACUGCCAAAGCCAAGAAGGAUGCCGCGGCCGCCGCAAAGCCCAAGGCGGAGAAAGACGCCGCUUCAGCCGCCAAAUCCGUCAAAUCCCCUACCAAAUCCCCCGCCAAGUCGCCCAAAAAGGCUGCCAAGGCCACCUCGGAUACGAAGAAGAAGUCUGCAAAGGCUGCUGCGUCCCCCGCGGGCAAGACUACCACGGCUCGCAAGGUAGCGGACAGCAAGAAGGAGAAGGCGGCGGUAGCCAAAUCCCCGGCUAAGUCCAAAUCUCCCGCCAAGUCCAAAUCUCCCGCCAAGGCCAAGUCGCCGGUACCUUCCGAAAAGAAGAGCAGCACGAAGGAGAAGAAGGAAAAGGCGGCACCUAAGGAAAACAAGGAAAAGGCUGCACCUAAGGAGAAGAAGGAGAAGGCUGCACCUAAGGAGAAGAAGGUGAAGGCUGCCCCGAAGGAAAAGGCCGCUCCCACGGAGAAGAAGGAAAGGGGUCCCCCGAAGGAACGGGCCGCUCCCAAGGAAAAGGCCGCCCCCAAGGAAAAGGCCGCCCCUGCUGCCAUCAACGACAAGAAGCGGAAGGCCGCAGAGAAACCGGAAAAGGCUGCUGCGAAGAAGACCAAGAAGGCAUGAAGCGCGACAUUCUAGCCUUUCUUUACCUCCUCACCGAACUCAGCAAAUCUCCUUUCCUUGUCAAACCCUUCCGAAUCACCCAUCAUGUGGGGGUCAAACGCAUAUACGUGUGUUUAGCAUUCCCUCCCCUUCCCUUCUUAUAGAUCCCAUCGGAAAAUCGAUAAUGUGUCUUGUAUGUUUUCCCUUGCCUCUCUUUCCCCUUUUGUUUCUAAAACCUCCCGGCUCCCUUUGUGUAAAAGGCGUUUUUGAACUGCCUGGUUUGAAAUGAAUACACUUGUAACUCUAUGUUCUGG